AUGACAGAUAUGCUUAAUAUUAGUCCAGGAUGUCAUUAUUCAUGUGAUCAUACUCGAAUCUAUGUUCGGUUAACUGUAAAUAUCAAUAAUACCGUAGUUUUUAUCGGUGAUGGCUUAUCCAUUGUAAUUAAAGAUAAAAAAAGGUAUCCACCAUCGCGUCUGUACGAUACACCAGUAUUAAAAGAAGCGAAAAUUAUCCGGGCUAAUGAACGAAUUUACAUAAGCACAGGAAAACAACAUGAGAAAAAAAUUUCGUCUAAAUGUAAAGAUGCUAAACUGAUGGUACGAUUUACCUUUCUGCCACGACAUACAUGUCAAAGGUGGCCAAAUAUGAGCACAGAAGAAGAGGCCAUUAACACACUAAAAAUUGAACAUGUAGAUGUUGAAGGUCACAUUGAAAGCAGCAAGUGUAUGAUUUCUUGUAUCGUACCAUGCAGACAUGAUUUGAAUCUCAUCUACGAAAAAGAUAAUGAAGUCUAUACUGAUGAAAAGGGUACAGUCAAUGUACAAUAG